AAGUCGAUUGGCUCAAGCGAAGCGGUUUUGGGUCAGCAAGCCACGAGAUUUUGGCCAUGCUCCGCCUUCUUUUAAUCGUGCUUGCUUGCGCUGAGACCCUCGCACAGGACAAUGCCACGAACAAGACGGACGCAGACAGUGCUGCAACACUCACUGGUGUCACAGCGAAUGGACCAGGUGAUUUGAAAGCCUUCAUUGCAGCGCUGAUCCUCAACAGCAUCAUCGUGCUGGGAUGUUUGAUUGGCUUUACCUUCUUGCGUUUGACCUUCCCCAUGGUCUACUCUCACGAGAAGGCGCGAAGCAAGGAGUCCUUGUCUGUAGCAGGUGAGGACAGCAGCGACAGCUCCACAAGCCGUUGUCGUGAGAUCCGCAGUCGAAUGGCCGAUUGGCUUUCCUACAGCAUCAGCACCAGUACUGAAACUGCAAUGGAACGAGCCGGCUUGGAUGCAGCACUGUUGAGAGACUUCUGCACCUUGGGCGCAACCAUCUGUGCUGUGAUCGGCAUCCCCAUGUGCAUUGUCAUCGUUCCUAUUAACUCUGUCCUCGGUGGAGCCGACGAAGGCGACGAUCAUUUGAGCCUGGCAGAGAUGGCGACCAUCCGUGAGAAUCAUCCUUGGCUCUUCUAUGUCCAUGCCGUGGUGGUGUGGCUGGUGUGCAUCAUCGUGCAUUUUGUCUUGACCCGCGCCCAGGCCCGCUUCUUGCGCUUGCGGGUGAAGUGGUUGACCCGAAUGCCGGCGCCCCGCUGCACCACCGUCUUGGUGGAGAACAUCCCCUGUGCCUGGCGAUCGGAUGCCAGGCUUCGGGAAUUCUUUGGAAAGAUCUUCUCGCCGGAGGACGUGUUGUCGUGCCACAUGGUGAAGCGUGAGGAGGAGAUCGCCAAAUUGGUGUCCAAGCGAGAGACCUUGCAGCAAAUGAAGAGGAAGGCCGAGCUGACGUAUGAGAAGACCCAGCAAGUGGAGAUGUUCAGACCCAGUUUCUGUGGGAAGAAGGUGGAGACCUUGGAGUAUUGCAACAGCAACCUUGAGGGCUUGGACGAGGAGAUCCGUGACUUGUGGCAGAAGCACCAGGAGGAGCACGAGCGCGAUCCCACGGCGCGCACCUCGCACUGCGGCUUCGUCACCUUCCAGCACCGACGCGUCGCGGAGAUGGCGCAGAACUUGCAGAUCUCCGCCGACCUCAAGGAGUGGAACGUGUCGGCCGCGCCGGUGUCCCGGGACAUCCGUUGGAACGACCUUCGUAAGAGUCGAAACCUCAGCAAGGGCUCUGAGAUCAUUGGCUUUCUGGCCGUGCUGGGGCUCUAUGUGGGUUUUAUGCCCAUCGUCAUCUUCAUCACCAACAUCGCGAAGCUGGUCCAUCUCGGACCACUCCAGCCCAUUUGGCAAGGGUUUGCCCCCACCUUGGGCUUGCUGCUGUUCUUGUCCCUGCUGCCCACGGUGCUGAUGAUCAUUUUCCGCACCUUCUUCUCCCUGAAGGCGGAUGCCUAUUCUCAGCACAAGUUGCAGUUUUGGUACUUCCUGUUCCAGCUGAUCUUCGUCGUGCUGGUGACGACCGUGGGGAAAUCCAUUGUGGAUAGGGCCAAAGACAUUUGGAACGAUCCCUCCUCGGCUCCGCAGUUGAUGGCUGAGAGCCUUCCAAAUGCCUCGCACUUCUACAUGACCUACUUGGUUCUGCAGUGGGCCAGACAUGCUAUGGAGAUGCUGAGAUAUGUGCCUCUGUCCAAAUUCUUGCUCUUCAAGACCAUUUUCAGCGCGGAGGAGGCCAAAGAGAUGUCGGAGCCAGAAGAUCAGGAUUGCUAUGGCUUUGGAGCCCGGAAUGUGAACCUUGCAGUGAAUGUGGUCUUGGGCAUUGUCUUCUGUAGCAUCUCCCCUUUGGUGACCAUCAUGGCGAUGUUUGACCUGGCAUUAGCACGAAUCACCUAUGGCUAUUUGGUGAUUUAUACAGAGACCAAGAAGCCCGAUUUGGGUGGAGUUUUCUGGGCAACACAGAUAGGCUACAUUCAGUUGGCCCUAGCCCUCUACUGCAUCUUCAUGGUGGGUGUUUUGCAGGCCAAGUCAGCCAGCCAUGCAUGGGUGGUGGCGGCUCCUAGCUUGCUCUUCGUUCUUUGGUCCUUUGUGCACAUUCGACGGGCCUACCGCUGGGAGAAGCUGCCCUUCCAAGAAGUGGCCUUCCAGUGUGAGGAGGUCUUAGAUGAAAAAGACUUUGAGGAUGUCGCUGGUGACUGCUACAUCCAGCCAGAGUUAGCUGCCCUCGAGUCGGUGACGCUGACCGCAUAGAGCCGGUCACGGCACCAACGCUGACAUCUGCACGGAAUUCGCCGUCACAGACGCGGAUGGCGGUGUUCAGAGGAGCAGAGAGCCAUUUUUCAUGCUUUACGUGAGCCCCCAAGUUCCUGAGCCAGAUCCUUUGGUGCUGAACCCAUGGCAACGACUUCUUCAGAACUCUCAAUGCUCCUGUUUGCCACCAGGAUGCAAGGACGUCCUGGCUUUCCCCACGCGCCCCAUUGUCCAGCCCAAUUCAAGCACCGACCAUCGGAGCCGACCAUCGGUGCUUCUGGCGUCCACGAAGUGCUUCGUCUUGGCGUCCAUGCGUCAUGUGGCUCUGUUGAUGUUUGCAUCUUGCCAAGCUCCGCAGGACGUUACAACCCUCCGAAGAUGUGCACAAAA